CAAGUAGCGUCAGAAGUAUCACAACAUACUAGCAACAGUGGUAGUAAUACCACACCAUCAUCACCACAACUUAACAAAGCAGCAGCGCGGAUCACGUUAGUAAACAGAUAUCAAUUAAAAAUGAGAGAAAAGCUUGAGUAUCUAGAUCUUCAGGAAUGGGAUAGGAAUGUUAGUUUAGUGACGGAUGUUCCAGGGAUUAGAAAAAGUAGAUUGUUAAUUGAAUGUGUUAAUCAUAUUAGAAAAAGUUUUCUGGGAUUUUUAAAAGACUUGGUUGACCUCAUAAUAGUAUCUUAUAAUAAUGGGAAUACACCUUCUAAUUUAGAUUUGCAAUUAGGGGCAGAAAAAUCUUUAAGCUUACAACUUUUGCAUUCUGCAUUUGUGAAUCCAUCAAGAAAGUAUAUCGAGUUUGUUGUGAAUCUAAAAAGAGAAGGAUUUAA